GUGUUCUGGCCCAGGGAGAAAGCCAGGGGAGUGGGUCUGUGUUCUGGCCCAGGGAGAAAGCCAGGGGAAAGUCUGUGUCCUGGCCAAGGCUGCUUGAGAAUGUUUUAUCUUUUCCCAGUUAUCCUUUUUCACUUAAUGACUGUUCAUAUUGACCCAGCAGGCAGACAGACACUGUGUAAAAUCCCCUCUCUCUCUCUCUCUCUCUCUGUGUAAUGCAAUCUAUGCUUGGUAAAGGGCCUGACAGGGCUGGAGCUGUGUGUAUGUGUGAGAUUGCUCUGGUCUUUGGAUGCGGUGUGAGCAUGGUGUGAGUGGAAGCAGAACCCAGGUCUGGUCUUCAUCACAGAGAACUACCCAGGGCCAGACCUUCUACCACCACCAGCAGCCCAGGUGUGGUCUUCAUCACAGAGAACUACCCAGGGCCAGACCUUCUACCACCACCAGCAGCCCAGGGGUGGUCUUCAUCACAGAGAACUACCCAGGGCCAGACCUUCUACCACCACCAGCAGCCCAGGGCUGGUCUUCAUCACAGAGAACUACCCAGGGCCAGACCUUCUACCACCACCAGCAGCCCAGGGGUGGUCUUCAUCACAGAGAACUACCCAGGGCCAGACCUUCUACCACCACCACCAGCAGCACAGGUCUGGUCUUCAUCACAGAGAACUACCCAGGACCAGACCUUCUACCACCACCACCAGCAGCCCAGGGGUGGUCUUCAUCACAGAGAACUACCCAGGGCCAGACCUUCUACCACCACCAACAGCCCAGGGGUGGUCUUCAUCACAGAGAACUACCCAGGGCCAGACCUUCUACCACCACCAACAGCCCAGGUCUGGUCUUCAUCACAGAGAACUACCCAGGGCCAGACCUUCUACCACCACCAACAGCCCAGGUCUGGUCUUCAUCACAGAGAACUACCCAGGGCCAGACCUUCUACCACCACCAGCAGCCCAGGGGUGGUCUUCAUCACAGAGAACUACCCAGGGCCAGACCUUCUACCACCACCAACAGCCCAGGGGUGGUCUUCAUCACAGAGAACUACCCAGGGCCAGACCUUCUACCACCACCAGCAGCCCAGGUCUGGUCUUCAUCACAGAGAACUACCCAGGGCCAGACCUUCUACCACCACCACCAGCAGCCCAGGUCUGGUCUUCAUCACAGAGAACUACCCAGGGCCAGACCUUCUACCACCACCAACAGCCCAGGUCUGGUCUUCAUCACAGAGAACUACCCAGGGCCAGACCUUCUACCACCACCAACAGCCCAGGGGUGGUCUUCAUCACAGAGAACUACCCAGGGCCAGACCUUCUACCACCACCAGCAGCCCAGGGGUGGUCUUCAUCACAGAGAACUACCCAGGGCCAGACCUUCUACCACCACCAGCAGCCCAGGGGUGGGUGAACAGGGAAUCUUCCAAAUAACUAUAACCUAACUAUAUAUUUGAAAAGAAAUAUCACCAUCGCAUUGCAAUAGAUACACAAAUUCAAUAUAGUGUGAUAUCACGUCAGAUUACAGUUUAGUUCCUCAUAUACAGCCAAGCUAUCUCAACAAUGGGCUGUGGCUGUUGAGGUGCAUUGCAUCUGUAUGUGUGUAUUGAUCCUGAUAAAGCUGCCAGAGGUGAGCAGUGCAGACUGGUAAGACCUGUGCCAUGACCUUCAGCAGAAGCAGGGGAGUUGCUUGUGGAUCAGGGUGUUAAAUCGCCAGCCCUUUUUCACCCGCAGCAUGUGUUGAUAGGUCCUAUAUGGAUAGUACACUGGUCCUACAGUAGCUCUGCAGCUGUACCGCGUGUGUGUCUGUGCGGGUGUCAGUCUGUACGAGUAGGCUUGCGUUUCUAGGAACCUGUAUGGGGGCGCUCAGCUCAGCCAGCCAGUCCAGUUUGGUUGAGAAGGCCAGGGCCAGAUAGGACCACGUGGGGUUAGUGCUGUACUCACCACAGUUGGGGGAUUGGGGUCUGGGGGCAUUGGGGUGACAGGUGCUGGGGGCUGACCAGGACCCACUAGUCUGUCAGCCUGCCACUAGCUAACCCCCCUGAACGCACGCACACACCUAAUCCCUAGCCAGCUGUUGCAGUUGCCGUGGUCCAAUCAGUCUAAAGUGUCAAGGCUAGGGCGGUAAUGGUUGGGGGGAGGGCAGGUGGUCACAGGUUCAGGUAGCCCACGCGCAUGCCUGUCGCUGUGGUGACUGAGAAGGACGUGAUAUUUACCCCCACCCCUCCUUGAUAACGGCUUGGGGCUCCCCCUGAAGAAUUCAGGACAUGUUUCUCAGGCCCUGCCAGAAGUGUCCGCAGCAACACUGACACACACACUCAUUUGUUAUCUUCACAUGGGUUUAAAUAACCCCAAGCCUAUCUGAAUGUGGGGUUAGGGUAGGCCCACUCCUCAAUCCCAUGUCCAGCCCCCUGUCUCUGGAAGAUGAGCCGGUCCAUCCCUGUGUGACCCCAUGGGCAGGGGUGGGAACUAGCAGCAGCAGGGGGUUCUGGAGAAUGUUGUGUCUGGGUAAAGUUGUAUCUCAGGGGUCAGCAGUCUCGUCGUCGCUGCUGUCGUCUCGGUGUCGUCCCAGACUCCCACUGGCCAGUAGAUUGAUGGUAGUUCACUGUAGUUCACUGAGCCCUACCAAUAUCCAGUAGGGUGUCUUUCUCUGUGUGUAGUCAGGGGACUGGUGGUAGUUCACUGUAGUUCACUGAGCCCUACCAAUAUCCAGUAGGGUGUCUUUCUCUGUGUGUAGUCAGGGGACUGGUGGUAGUUCACUGUAGUUCACUGAGCCCUACCAAUAUCCAGUAGGGUGUCUUUCUCUGUGUGUAGUCAGGGGUCUGGUGGUAGUUCACUGUAGUUCACUGAGCCCUACCAAUAUCCAGUAGGGUGUCUUUCUCUGUGUGUAGUCAGGGGACUGGUGGUAGUUCACUGUAGUUCACUGAGCCCUACCAAUAUCCAGUAGGGUGUCUUUCUCUGUGUGUAGUCAGGGGACUGGUGGUAGUUCACUGUAGUUCACUGAGCCCUACCAAUAUCCAGUAGGGUGUCUUUCUCUGUGUGUAGUCAGGGGACUGGUGGUAGUUCACUGUAGUUCACUGAGCCCUACCAAUAUCCAGUAGGGUGUCUUUCUCUGUGUGUAGUCAGGGGACUGGUGGUAGUUCACUGUAGUUCACUGAGCCCUACCAAUAUCCAGUAGGGUGUCUUUCUCUGUGUGUAGUCAGGGGACUGGUGGUAGUUCACUGUAGUUCACUGAGCCCUACCAAUAUCCAGUAGGGUGUCUUUCUCUGUGUGUAGUCAGGGGACUGGUGGUAGUUCACUGUAGUUCACUGAGCCCUACCAAUAUCCAGUAGGGUGUCUUUCUCUGUGUGUAGUCAGGGGACUGGUGGUAGUUCACUGUAGUUCACUGAGCCCUACCAAUAUCCAGUAGGGUGUCUUUCUCUGUGUGUAGUCAGGGGACUGGUGGUAGUUCACUGUAGUUCACUGAGCCCUACCAAUAUCCAGUAGGGUGUCUUUCUCUGUGUGUAGUCAGGGGACUGGUGGUAGUUCACUGUAGUUCACUGAGCCCUACCAAUAUCCAGUAGGGUGUCUUUCUCUGUGUGUAGUCAGGGGACUGGUGGUAGUUCACUGUAGUUCACUGAGCCCUACCAAUAUCCAGUAGGGUGUCUUUCUCUGUGUGUAGUCAGGGGACUGGUGGUAGUUCACUGUAGUUCACUGAGCCCUACCAAUAUCCAGUAGGGUGUCUUUCUCUGUGUGUAGUCAGGGGACUGGUGGUAGUUCACUGUAGUUCACUGAGCCCUACCAAUAUCCAGUAGGGUGUCUUUCUCUGUGUGUAGUCAGGGGACUGGUGGUAGUUCACUGUAGUUCACUGAGCCCUACCAAUAUCCAGUAGGGUGUCUUUCUCUGUGUGUAGUCAGGGGACUGGUGGUAGUUCACUGAGCCCUACCAAUAUCCAGUAGGGUGUCUUUCUCUGUGUGUAGUCAGGGGACUGGUGGUAGUUCACUGAGCCCUAACAUUAUCCAGUAGGGUGAGUGGAUCACAUAUCAAAGCUUUUAGGCCAUAUGGCAGAUCUUUGGAAUAAUCCAUUUUAUUUGACAUUCAGAAACAAUGAGCCUCUUCGCAAAUGGCACCUUAUUCCAUAUAUAGUGUACUACUUUUAACCAGGACCAAUAGGGCUCUGGUCUAAAGUAGUGCACUAUAUAAGGAAUAGUAUGCCAUUUGGGACGCACAGUGGUAGUGUUUUGGUUGCCUUAGGAAAUAUCUCCCAGUUUCUGUUGAUGGCUCCAUACUUCCUGAUUCUGCUUAAUGAGCUCAGGUUGAGGGCUGAAUGGUCUGGGUUCUGAACGUUCAUUUCUUGCAUGGAGGUUUACACAACGUUUAAACAGCACUAUUUCUACUGGUAGGGUGUGGACUGUGGAGGGUUGUGGAAUAGGAAUGGUGGUUGGGUUUGGAGAGGGUGAGUGGUGUCUGUGCUUCAUCUGGAUCUGAUAUCUGGAGCCACCACUCAUUCGCUACACAAACACACUGGGAGUGUAUUGUUUUGCACAAGGCUUUCUCCGAUUGAAGAUCCUUCUGUGGUUAACGGGCAAAACAGACCAGCUUUAACAGCAAUGUGUGUGUUGUGUUGGAGAGAGCUCGGGUGGGACAGGACAGCAUGAACUGGACACCCCCAGAGUGCUCGUUGUGCUAAUAAAACAGCAGGCCUAUCAGACACCCAACACCCCCAAUCAAACCCCAUUACAUUAAGGAAAUAUUACACCUCACACUGCCAAGGGCUAGGACUGAUGCAUUUACAUGGCAAGGCAUUACUGUGUGUGUGUGUUAGCCGUGAAUAGUUGUAUCUGUUUACCUCCGGUGUUGUCAGGACGUUGGCGGUCUCUUCACAAUACGCUGACGCUGUCCUGUCUGUAGGUGCCCAGGGUUAUAUUGAUUUACAGGCCUGCGGAUCUACUCUGGCUGAUGUAGGCAUCAUAUCAUGUGUUUGGUAGUUCACUCUUUCUGCUAUUUUAGCCUGCUGGAAUACUUGUAUGCGGUAAAUCUGAAGAAGCAUUGUCAUUGCUCUUGACCUAAGGCAAGCCCCUUAUAUGAUGAAGUACAUCAUUUCCGUAUCUCAAGUUGUGUGUGUGUUGAGGUCUGGAGAGCUUCUUACAUCUCGGUGUGUUUAGUGUCUGUGUUAAAGAUCCAAUCCGCAUUAGGGGAAACAGCUGUUCUCCUCAGUGGGGUUUUGUUGAUGAAACGGAGGUGAGGAGCCUCAAGCUGUGAGGAAAAAUUAUGACAAUACACAUUCUGCUGUUCCAUCACGUGUGAUGUCAGAGGAGACAAACUGUGUUGUUGUUUCCAGAAACUUCUUUAUCUCAAAUGGACGUAGUCCACCAUUUCUAAAAUCAGAGAGGGAGGGAGAAAAAGGGAGGGAGUUAGUUAGAGAGGGAGAGCGAAGGAAUGAUUGACAGCCAAACACAAGGAUUACCUUACUCCAUUCCAGAGGGCAAACAAAAUAAAAGUUAAAUGUUAAGCCAUUUACGAUCAAGCUUCUGCCUGGACCUUGUUCGAUCAUAGAGCAGCCACUGAAAUUGACAAAUACAGUAAACUAACCAGACAUUCAAACUCAUGUCAUGUAAAAUCAAACAAAUAUAAUUUUGGUCUAUUUCCUACAUUAGCUAUGGAGAUAUGACACGCUGUUCUAUGUCACUUCUCUGUCAUUCCCUGGUCCAAAAACCUGGCCUACAAACCUCAGGGAGGGAUUGAUACUGCAGCUAAAUGAAACCAAUAUAACUGCUAUUACGUCAACACAAACAUUUUACAUUCACCAUCAUCACCACCGCCAAGGGAGGUUAACUGGGUUAAGAAUCUUAGUGGCUCUAAAGCCGUUUGGAGCGAUUCCUUAAUAAUCUCCCUCACCCCCAUCACAUCACCCCACCAAGACAUUAGCGCCAGGUUUAGGCGGAUUUACCUCGCCAGAUAACACGACCAGAUCUGUCAAAACAGCCGACCCCCCCAUCCCUACACACACACACAGAUAUAUACGGACACACAUCCUCAGUCCCAACAACACUGCCAGACAACACACAAACAAGACACCAAGGUUAUUAUAGUUUUGGUGUUUUUCUGUUCCAUUUUAUUUCUAUUAUAUAGAUUUACGAUUGUUUUAUUUGAAAUUCAGUCUAGUUUGAUUUAGUUUUCAGAUCAGAUUUACUGCUUUUUAUUUAGUUUUUAUAUCUUUUAGUGUUAGGGACAGAAAGUAGCCAUUGUUGGGGCAGUGAUGCAUAAGAUGAUGGGUCAGGUCAUAGGUUAAGUUAGCUUUAAAGGUAGACUCAGCGAGAUGACGUUGAGGCACCAAGUAAAAAGUAGUACUGUGUCAGUUUCCGCAACAACCAGGAGCGUGAAUCUCUCCGCUGUUUUGGUCCCGAAGCUGCCACGUUGUAGAACACUGGUGCAUAUGCACAGAUACACUGUGUGAGAGCCAAGUCUUGCAACGCGCUCAUAUCAAUGGCCGUGUUUCUCGGCUCAGACGUUGCUGAUGCAUGCCAGAUCUUGUAACACCUGGAUAGGUAUUUUAUGUAUCAGCUGACCACCACAUGGUCGUAUUUACCUGCUCAGACGUUGUAUGCAUCUACCAAUGGUUUCAUGCCACGACGGUGCAGUUGGGCACCAGAUUGCUAUAACAUAUGAUGUGGUUAGUUGUUUUGUAAAAUACCUAUCCAGGCGUUGUAAGUUCUGGCAUGCAUUAUCAGAGCAGUGCAACAUAACUGACAUGUUAAAGCAGUCUGGUGCCGGACUGCACAGGCCACGACGUGACACACAACCAUUAGUUGAUGCACGUCUGAGCAGGGGAAAAAAGAAAAACUGAACAUAAUUCAUGAUUGUUUUCAUUUUAUCUUUGUUAUUUACAACAAUAGUUUCAGUAUAGUUUGUUUUUCAAACAGGUUUGUUCAUUAUUUUAUUUCAGUUUUUACUAAGUAGAUUUUUCAUGAUUAGUUUUUGUUUUAGUUUACUAUAAUAAGACGGAAACUUUCCUCUGUCUCUCCUCUCCUCCUUUCUCCCUCCCUCCCUCCCUCCCUCCUUUGGGUUUUCCUUGACUAAUCCUAUAUAUUGUAGAAAUGUUGUUUUCUUACUUAGCCUUCUCACCAAAUGACCCGUUUUCCUCUCCUCUAUUUGUCUGGUCAGUGAUGCUUCCCAGAUGCACACCAGCUGAUGAACAAGUGUAGUGGCGCUGGUUGGUGGCAUAAUAGGUAGUGGGAUAGUGAAGGUGUGUGUGUGUGUAGUCUAAACAGUGUGUGGAGGAUUGGCCAUGUGUUUAUGUGAGGGACUGAUUGGAACGCCUAAGUAUCUUCUUUAAGCCUACAAACACACACAGGUCUCUGUCUCAAUACGUGUGUUCUCAUCAACAAGUCAUUUUAGCAUGUUUUUCUGCUGUGUGGUUGCGUGUUUUGUCUCCUGCUCUGUCAUUAAUACCUGGGGGAGUGCUGUGUAGUGUGUUAUAUGUAACAGUCUGGUAUUGACAGUUGAGUUGCUAUCCUGUAUUAUUGUGUGUAAACGGUCAUCUGUCUCCCUACCCUGGGUCUGGGUCCUGUGUAAGGCUCUUAGAGGGAUAAUCUGGGCUCAGCCAGGGGUCUUACGUCGCCCGCCCAGACCAGGGGUGUCGGGCGAUCCGGACGAGGUGCGAGAGGCCAGGAUCACACACACAUCGACCCCCGUCCCCGCUCUGAGGAUCAGUAGCGGUCUAGUUCUGAUAUUUCUUCAAUUCUUUCUUUUUCACUUUUUGGAUGAUGUGUAUCGUUAGGUAUUACUGCACUGUUGCAGCUAGAAACACAAGCAUUUUGCUGCACCUGCGAUAACAUCUGCAAAUCUGUGUACGCGACCAAUAAACGUUGAUUUGAUUUUGAGUUUUAGGGCUGUAUGUGGGCACUUGGGCUUGGAGGGUAGACUGGGGAAGGUGUGUGUAGACUGUAGCUUACUGAGUGAAGGAGGGUGUGAGUGAGGCCGGCGGGGAGUGGGUAUUUGGAGCAGACCCUCCCUCCUCUGUCUUGGUCUUAGAGCCGUCAGGCCCCUCAAUGAGCCAGUGUGUCUGUGAAAUGCACUUUAUUAUUGGUUAAUCUGCCCACAGUGGCAGCCCUCAUUUCACACUGGAUUCCUCACCCUGUGGAGACCGUGUGUGUGUGUGGGUGUGCGUGCACCCCGUGGGGCCGUGGCUAAUUUGACAAAUUUGCACAGCGGGGUUGGAGGCACAGGCAUGGUGGGAGAUUUGAUAUAUGGGCGCUGGAGACAGGGAGCGCAGAGCACACACACACACUGAAAACACUUGCACACCAUAAGUACUUGUGACGCACAUACACUGCAUACACACAUCACAUACAUUCACAAAUGCAUACUAUAUACACAUAAACACAUUCCAUACAAACUCACACACACCCUCCAGCCCAGUAAUCCAGCCCAACCCUGAGAGAGAGCUGUGGCAGUAUAAUGGUUAUUAAAUGCUUAGUGUUGUGCUCAUACCAAAUAUCUGAGAUUAGCUACGUAAUCAACUCCAAUGUAUUAUAUAUGUUUU